AACAUCUGUGGUAAAUUAUUCCCCCAACGUAAUAACUUGACUACACACCAACGUAUUCAUACAGGGGAGAAGCCAUUUCACUGUGACAUCUGUGGUAAAUCAUUCCCUCAACGUAAUAACUUGACUACACACCAACGUAUUCAUACAGGGGAGAAGCCAUUUCACUGUGACAUCUGUGGUAAAUCAUUCCCUCAACGUAAUAACUUGACUACACACCAACGUAUUCAUACAGGGGAGAAGCCAUUUCACUGUGACAUCUGUGGUAAAUCAUUCCCUCAACGUAAUAACUUGACUACACACCAACGUAUUCAUACAGGGGAGAAGCCAUUUCACUGUGACAUCUGUGGUAAAUCAUUCCCUCAACGUAAUAACUUGACUACACACCAACGUAUUCAUACAGGGGAGAAGCCAUUUCACUGUGACAUCUGUGGUAAAUCAUUCCCUCAACGUAAUAACUUGACUACACACCAACGUAUUCAUACAGGGGAGAAGCCAUUUCAUUGUGACAUCUGUGGUAAAUCAUUCUUCCAAAAAGGUAGCUUGACUAGACACAAACGUAUUCAUACAGGGGAGAAACCAUUCCAGUGUGACAUCUGU